GAGCCGCCCGGCCGGGGCGGGCUCUGUGGCGGGCUGGCAGCGAUGGCGGCGGCCGAGGUGGCGCGGCAGGGUGAAGGCUGUCGUACUGUCCCACUUUCUGGACAUGUAGGAUUUGACAGUUUGCCUGACCAGCUGGUUAAUAAGUCAGUUAAUCAUGGGUUUUGUUUCAACAUCCUGUGUGUGGGGGAGACUGGCCUUGGUAAGUCCACCCUCAUGGACACACUUUUCAACACCAAGUUUGAAGGUGACCCUGCAUCUCACUCACAGCCUGGGGUCCAGCUGAAGUCCAGUACAUAUGACCUACAGGAAAGCAAUGUCAACCUCAAACUGACUAUUGUGAGCACAGUGGGCUUUGGGGAUCAGAUCAACAAAGAGGACAGCUAUAAGCCCAUCGUUGAGUUCAUUGAUGCUCAGUUUGAAGCCUACUUGCAAGAAGAACUGAAGAUAAAAAGGGUCUUGCACAACUACCAUGACACCAGGAUCCACGCCUGCUUGUACUUCAUUGCUCCCACGGGCCACUCUCUGAAAUCCCUGGACUUGGUAACAAUGAAGAAGCUUGACAGCAAGGUGAACAUCAUUCCCAUCAUUGCCAAGUCUGAUGCCAUUUCCAAGAGUGAGCUGACCAAAUUUAAGAUUAAAAUCACAAGUGAGCUGGUCAGUAACGGGGUUCAGAUCUACCAGUUCCCAACAGACGACGAGUCAGUGGCAGAGAUAAAUGGAACGAUGAACGCCCAUUUGCCAUUUGCAGUGAUCGGGAGCACGGAGGAGCUGAAAAUAGGAAACAAAAUGAUGAAAGCUCGUCAGUACCCCUGGGGCACAGUGCAAGUGGAGAAUGAAGCUCACUGUGACUUUGUGAAGCUGCGGGAGAUGCUGAUCCGUGUGAACAUGGAAGACCUCCGUGAGCAGACCCACACGCGCCACUAUGAGCUGUACCGGCGGUGUAAGCUGGAGGAGAUGGGUUUCAAGGACACUGAUCCAGACAGCAAACCCUUCAGCUUGCAAGAAACUUAUGAAGCCAAAAGAAAUGAGUUUCUGGGGGAACUGCAGAAAAAGGAAGAGGCAAUGAGACAAAUGUUUGUCCAGAGGGUCAAGGAAAAAGAAGCAGAGCUGAAAGAGGCUGAAAAAGAGCUGCAUGAAAAGUUUGAUCGCCUGAAGAAGUUACAUCAGGAUGAAAAAAAGAAGCUAGAGGAUAAGAAAAAGUCUCUGGAUGAUGAAGUAAAUGCGUUUAAACAAAGGAAGACAGCAGCUGAAUUGCUCCAAUCUCAGGCUCAGCAGGCUGGAGGAUCGCAGACUCUUAAAAGAGAUAAGGAAAGAAAAAAUAACCCAUGGCUCUGUACUGAGUAAUUACCCCUGAAUACAAUGGGCUGGAAUGGACCUUGUUAAAUCGGAGGGUCUAAUAAAACGUGACAGCAUUUCAGCUGUGACCUUUCCAUGGUGUUACCCUUGCUCUCUCCUAUCUCCUCAUUGUGAUUCUGUCUUUACUAUGUGCUGGUGGUUAUUGCUUUUAUUAAACAAUGUACAAUUAGUCCUGGCAAGGUUUUGGAUGCUGCAACUUUAAAUCCUCCUUUUUUUUUCCCUUUUUUUUUCCUUUUUUUCACUGCAAUGAAUGGAUUCCCCUUCCUCCUGCUCCCUCUUCACCCAGAUAAAUAAGGGCUGUGGAAAUAAGUUCUGUGAGUUAUUUUUGCUGGCGAAAUAACAACGCAGUCUAAAUGUAUUUAUUGGUGACGUUAAAAUGACACCACUGCCUUAGUGUGAUUGUCCCGUAGUUGAGAGACACAAAACUCUUUGCUCUUUACACUUGGUGUCAUUUUCAUGACAUCAUCUGUCUUUUAUUAUCAUUAUUAUUAUUAUUAUUUGCUUUUCUUUUUUCUUUUGCUAAUUCCUGCUACCCAGAGACUGGCAUGUAAUCCAUGUUUCCAUUUCAGACUUGCUUGUCAUGACUCUCAUGUUUCAGUCACACUGUCUGUGGGCUGAGUUCUCUGUCUGUGGGUGAAUUCACGUGGCCUCACCCUCCUGAAAGAUCAGGAUGCAUGCUGCCAAGUAGUUUUUAACAAAGGCCCUUCAGAUCCUGGGUUGGGGGAGGAUGAACACACCUCAGACUUAGCCAUGACAGGUGAUGCUGGUUUUGGCACAAGCCACCGCUGAGGAUGGGACUAGAGAGGUGGUCUGGGUUCUGCCAACGCCUCCCCAGCAGUUUCAGCAUACAGCAUUGCUCCGGUUGCUGCUCGAGCCAUAGCCCAGCUCACACGGCGGCCUGGCCCCCCCUUGCCAGCAAUCAAGGCACUUUAAACUCUUGAUUGCAAUUUGUUUUCUCAGAUAUUUUGUUUCACCAUAAACAGUUUUAUUUCCCAUCUUCAACUGCUUUGGUUUGGGGUUUUUUAAGCAAGUUAAAAUGAUUUGAGCAUUGAUUUCUUCCACUGGUGUUAAAUAUCGGCCUGCUCCCAAAACCACUCAGGAUCAGUCUAUGUGAUUUCUAGAUCAUCUGCUCAAAGAUCCAUUUAAUGUGGCUUUUUUUUUGCCAUAUUUCAGCUCAUUAGCUGUCCUUCCUGACCAUUUGCCUCAUUAGAAUGUUAAAGUGAUGUAUUUAAAGCCUUGAAAGAAAAAAAACCCCUUUUUACUUGCAAGACUUCCUCGAAGCCCUUGAGGUACCCCAGGGAGGUUCCCUCUCUCCUCUGUCAGCUGUUUUCGUGUUGCAUCUCUUUUUCCUGCUUUUUCAGUGUCUUUCUCUUUUUUGCUAAUCUUCUUUUUUUUUCUCUUUUUUCCCCUUUUCUCUCUCUGUAGCUUUUUUUAAUCUGUCUUCGCCAGCUGCACUGGGUCUGAGGGAGAAGACUGCCGCUUCUGCAACGAGUUUAUAAGGGUCUGGGGAAGGGGCGGGACAAAGCUUCAGUGUUAGUGUCUUGGAAAGAAGCUCUUUUACUGACUUGCAUGGUCUCUAAAAUUGAAGUGUCUUGUAAUUCGUGUGACAAGACAGGGUUCUACAGGGGAAACCGAUUGUUUGCCUGGAAUUGUGAAGAGCAAGAGUUGUGAUCUUUGGACUAACGAUGUAGCGAAUACAUUUUCAAACAUUGGUAUCUGGGCACAUGUGUUUUUUUUCUAAUUUUGUCUUUAAUAAUAUAAAUGUCACAGGCUUCCACGAGGUGCGAGGCCUAGGGAGUAUUUUCAAUAUGCUGUUGUAUGAUUGGUUUUGGAAACCGUGCAUUUGAAAUCAAAGGAAAUAUAAACAUGGUGCGAUUUGCUCUGUUGGCAGCCACGAAAUAUUUAACAAAAACAAAAAUAAAGUGAGAAGAAGCGUG